AUGAUGUAUUCAUCGACCUUUUUCCUUGCUACUUUGCCCUACCUGGCAUUAGCACUACCAAGCCCCGAGAACCAAUUCACCAAACGCGACAGCAUUCUGAUCCCCAAAUCCUGCUUUGACUCCACCUCUUCGCUCGCCGAAUACUUCAACUACAACUAUCCAUGGGGCGACACACACAACGGCGCCGCGAUCAUGAAAAGCUCCAACGCGGUGAUAAAAACUGCGGGAACUCUUACCUUAGAGGCGGUAUACACUGGAGCCUCAGACUACGCAUGGGACUCUGGAACCGUGUAUGCCAAACAGCAUUUCACAGUUACUAAAUCCGGAGGCCUGGACUUUACUGCGGACUUCAUCGCCCCAGUCGCAAAGGGUACAUGGCCUGCUUUUUGGUUGAACGGUGUGAACUCUUGGCCUCCGGAGGUUGACAUUGCUGAGUGGAUGGGUACUGGAGAUAUCAGCUUCAAUACCUUCAAUACAUCGAGUGCAGUAGAGGCUCUGAAUGUCAAAUAUCCGAGUCCAACGGAAUUUCACACAGUUCUUGCCGAGCUACGUGAUGAGAAUGGGAGUGAUGUCAAAGUCAACUUUUAUUUGGACGGAACUCUCGUUACAACUCAAUAUGCCAAAGGCCUUGUUGGGCAGCCGUUAGAACUUAUUAUUGAUUUGCAGAUGGAGGGUAGCAGUGGUAGCCCAGGUCCGACAGGGACAACUCUAUACGAGAUCAAGAAUCUGGAAGUGGUUAGCAAAAACCCUUAG